AUGGGCGAUAGUAACGAUGGAGAGAAGACUCCUCUUCUUGGAAGUAACGCUGGAUCGGUUUCCGCUAAUUUAGGCGAAGUAGCAGGACAGCAAACAACAGUGUCUCCAAUUGGUCCUGAUGAAUUGCCACCGCCGUUUUUUCAGCCCAGUGAAGGGGGUGGUGUCCCGAUGGUCACUUGCAGGGUGUGUCAAGCCAUGAUUGACAUAUCUGGAAAACGAGAUCAACAUGUUGUUAAAUGUGCCCAAUGUAAUGAAGCCACACCAAUUCGGAAUGCCCCUCCCGGUAAAAAGUAUGUAAGAUGUCCCUGCAACUGUCUCCUGAUAUGCAAAAGCUCGUCACAAAGAAUCGCCUGUCCCAGGCCCAAUUGCAAAAGGAUUAUCAACCUGGCCCCAAGUCCUGUCACUCCCCCGGUGUCUACUUUACCCGGAAUGUGCCGCGUGACUUGCGGACACUGUCACGAUACGUUUUUGUUCAACACGUUAAAGAACGCGUUGGCCAGAUGCCCGCACUGUCGAAAAGUGUCGUCAGUCGGUCCCGACUACGCCAGAGGGCGGGGAACAAUUUUUUCCAUUCUGGCUCUAGUCUUCCUGCUAGUCGGAAUCAGCGUAACGGCCGCCACCUAUCGGUACGCCAAGACGCACAGCGGGGUUUACGUGGCGUAUGUAGGAGCCUUUAUAUUAUCAAUAAUCAUGUUCGUGCGUAGUUUGUAUUUUUAUUUCAUGAAAGUGAGCAUCAUUGAAGGGCCAAUGUAA